AUGCAGGUUUGUGGCGUUCAGUUGAGCUCAGCAACAUCUCGCUGGCGAGAAUCAUGGCCGCCAUUUCGUGGAUCCUUCGAGUGUGCUGGACAUAGCUGUUGCAUCUCUGGGAUUCAAAGACCGUUAUGUAGAGUACAAUGCUGUCAGGUGCCACGUUCUACUAGAAAUGUAGCUCAUCUUCAGAAGGAGGACAAAUAUUCUUGUGUUGAUAGGUCAACUUCUUACCUGCACGUGCAAACUCUUAGGAAUUUCCCAAUUGAAAAACUUUAUGGAGAGGUGGUCCUGGUGCGACUUGAUUCUGUAAUUCUUUUAGAUCCUCUAGGACUAUUUAGUUGCUCACUGAAAAAGACACUGUCAACUAUCAAAUACCUGUACAAAGCAGGAGGGAAAGUUCUUCUAGUUACCAGUUGGGAUCCAGUCCUCCAAUCUGUUAAUCCAGUGCUCAAGUCAACCGAAUCUUUUGCAGACUACAUGUCAUCGCUUCUUCAAGUAAAGGUCAUCCCAGUGAAUGGUGCACCUUGUUUAACAUCAUGUAAGAAGGAAGAACGGGUGCAGAAUGAUAUUAUCUUGUUUGAAAAUCUUUUGAACUUCAGGGGAGAAAAUGCAAACUGCAAUGAUUUUUCUCAGAAGCUAGCUUCAGGUGCAGCAAUCUUUGUCAAUGAUUCUUUCUCAUUAUCUCAUAAGAUUCGCGCAUCAACGGUUGGCAUCACUCGUUUCUGCUACGCAUCUCUUGCUGGUUUCCAUUUUGAGGAGGAGCUUAUGCAAUUGCUAAAGAUCAAUGACACCACAAGGCGCCCAUACAUUGCAAUAAUUGGAGGCAGUAACUUCUUGAGAAAGGCACCUGCACUGCAUCUGUUAGCCUCUCAAUGCGAUGGGUUGUUUUUUGUUGGAAAAUUAUCAUUUCAAAUAAUGAAUGGCCUUGGAAUUCCAGUGUCCUCCUGUUUGAUAGAAAAAAAUGCUACCAAGGAAGUGUUACAACUUAUUGAAAUAGCUCAUAAUAGGAACAUUCCUAUUUAUUAUCCAACAGACCUGUGGUGUUUGAACAGCAACAAUAAUGAACAACUGGAAAUAUUUGACUCAGCUGAACUGUUGUCUGGCUUAAUUUCUUUGGGCUGGACACCAGUUGAUAUAGGGCCAUCGACAUUGGAGAGAAUUUCUUCUUUAUUGUCAUCUUACAAGAAGAUCCUAUGGAUCGGUCCUACAAGCUUUGACUUGACAGAAGAAUUUUCUGUCGGGGCAACACAGUUGGGCCAGAUACUGAACAAAGCAAGUCAUAAUAGCUGUGACAUUAUUUUAGUAGGGGGUGCAGUAUGCAAGGCAGUAAAAGCAAUAUCAGAUUCUUCAUCACAAUAUACAGCAUUUGAAAAUGAAUCUAUUGUAUGGGAAUUUCUCAAAGGAAGAAUAUUGCCUGGUAUUGCAGCAUUGGAUAAAAGCUAUCCCUAUCAGAUUCCAUGGGAUGACGUCUUCUCUGACACCAAACAACCAUUGUUUGUUGAUAUAGGAAGUGGAAAUGGUUUGUUUCUAUUCCAAAUGGCUAGAAACUGGGAAGGCUCGAAUUUUCUUGGGCUUGAGAUGAAUGAAAAGCUUGUUGUAAGGUGCCUUCAGGAUGUAGCAUCAGCUGGGAAAAGAAACUUAUACUUUCUAUCGACAAAUGCAACCUCCACAUUUCGCUCGAUAGUUUCAAGUUAUCCUGGACUGUUGACACUUGUCUCAAUACAGUGCCCAAAUCCUGACUUCAACAAAGAGCAAAAUAGGUGGAGAAUGGUACGAAGGAUGCUUGUCGAAGCUGUUUCCGAUCUUCUUCAGGUCAAUGGAAAGAUCUAUUUACAGUCGGACGUGGAGUCUGUCCUGCUUGGAAUGAAAGAGCAGUUCAUCUCGCACGGCAAGGGCCAGCUCGUGGUGGACAGCGAUGGCCGGAUGGAGAACCCGUUUGGCGUGGUGUCCGAUUGGGAGCGCCAUGUCCUGGCUCGUGGAGCUCCAAUGUACAGAACGAUGCUCCGAAAAGUGUGA